UUUCCGAACCCCUUCUCCCGUCUUCACCCCAGCUCGAGCGUGCCGGCCGGCGUCGCUCGCUCUCCUAGCUCCCGCGGAGCCAGCAAGGGGCCGCCGGCUGCCACUCUCUGCCGCGCCAGGCCAGAAUGGCUUUCCUCUUCAACAAGUUCCAGGAGGCGGUCAAAACACUUGCUAAGAACCCCAUGUUUGCUCGUGAUCCAAGACAUCUUCAAUUUGAAGCUGAUGUGAACCGUCUGUUUCUCUAUACGAGCUAUUAUCGUUUGGGAGAGAAUGCUGAAGAGAAGGAUGCAGAGGAGAUUAUUGAUUUGGCUGGCAAAGCAUCUGUUGCCGAACAGCAGAAUCAAGUGCAGGAAAAUGUCCAUUAUCAACUUACUCAUAUGUGCCGAGCAAUGGAUGGCAUUCUUCAUCCUGAUGUAACAAAUGAUCCGUCAAAAGAUCCUUCAGAAACACAUAGCUAUUCUCGGCGUAGUGGAUUGAGUUUUGCUGUUGGCGGAGCUGCAUCUGCAAACAAGCAAAGUGCAGCUAUCCCUGCUACACGGCCUAUAACUCGAGCAGAACUGUCAAAUAAAUUCAGGGAUCAUUUUGGGUACACCCUUGACAUUAGACCAUCUGGAAUUCCUCACAAAGAUGCAGGCCAAGGUCUGUUCUUAUCUGGAGAAGCAAAUGUUGGUGCUGUCCUUGCCAUCUAUCCUGGUGUUAUAUAUUCACCUGCUUAUUAUCGAUAUAUACCUGGAUACCCAAGAAUUGAUGCAUGCAACAACUAUCUGAUCACAAGAUAUGAUGGAACAAUAAUUGAUGCAAAACCAUGGUCUUUGGGUGGUGAAACAAGAGAAUUAUGGGAUGGUUCAUAUUUGGUGGACCACAAUGCUGUGCCACCUAAAGGCUCAGAGAACAACUCUGAUCGAGUGUGGAGAAUGCUUAGCAAGCCUCUAGAGAAAAAUAUGAGGGAAAAUUUUGGUGAAGUGCUUGAACGAAGAAAUCCCCUUGCUUUUGGUCAUUUUGCCAAUCAUCCACCAAAAGGUUCUAGUCCUAAUGUCAUGAUCUGCCCAUAUGAUUUUCCUUUGUCAGAGAAGAACAUGAGAGUAUACAUCCCUAACAUUACGUUUGGUGGUGAAGAGCCCAUUAAGAUGAAGAGGUUUGGCUCCUUCUAUUUCAAGUCUGGAAGUUCUGAUAAUCAGGCUGGUGAUUCUCUAGUUCUAAAGACGCUAGUAUUGGUGAGUACAAGGUCCAUUCGUGAUGAAGAGCUCUUCCUUAACUACCGUUACAGUAACUCAAAGCGGCGACCAGAAUGGUAUAGCCCUGUUGAUGAAGAAGAGGACAAGAGGAGAUGGAGCUAGUUCAGCACUUCUGUACCACUCUGGCUAUGCAAUUGUUUGCUAACACUUCUGUUUUUUCUGGAAAUUGCAACAGGGCACUGAUAAGCUCCUGAAAUGAGAUGGCAGUUCCCGGUUCCUAUUGUUUGGCCUGGCAUUUAUCAUCAUGAAAAAAGUAGACUGCCUCCUGGAAACUCUACUCAUGGGUUGUUUGUAGCGCAUAAAGAAUACUGGUUACAUUGUUUUUACUCCUUUUAUGUGUUCCCUAUCCCAGUGAUUUAAGGGAGAUGUUAUGAAUCCACAAUGAUAGUUUUGGCGUGGCAUUUAUCAUCAUGAAAAAAAAGUAGAGUGCCUCCAGUAAACUCUACUCGCGGGUACUUUGUAGCACAUAAAGAAUACUGGUUACAUUGUUGUUACUCCUUUUAUGUGUUCCCUAUCCCCCUGAUUGAUUUAAGGGAGAUAAAUAAUUUAUGAAUCUAUUGCCUGAUAUUAAAGUUUACUUUGAAAUUUGCCA